AUGAAAAACAUCUACAUCAUUGGAGCGCAAUCUACAGGCAAGAGCACGUUGAUCAACGCCCUGGAGAGCUGUUUGGAGGAGAUUGCGAAUGAAUAUAGCAGCCAGCGUCCGUUAGUCAUACGUGAGGUAGCGCGGACAGUUCUGAGGGAGAAUCAUUUUAGGCGUGAGGACAUCGCAACACUACCGGCACGCGCGCUUCAACUUCAGCGACACAUUCUUGCUGCCCAGUACUAUGCCGAAACCACGGCAUGCCCUGAGGGUGCAUCUACUUGGUACAUAUGCGAUCGAUCUGGGCUGGACCCUAUUGUGUACGCCAAAUGCUUUGUUGGAGACUAUGCAGCGGCGGAAAUGCUAGCGUCCGAAUUUUGGCAAGGGCUUGAAGACCGCAUGAAAGAGAGCAUCGUGAUAUUGUGUGAAGCGGGUUGUCAAUGGCUUGAGGAUGAUGGAGUACGGCUAAUGCCAAAAGACGAAAAGGAAUGGAUGCGCAUCGACGCUGCAUUUCGUGACCUGCUAAGGAUACGGGGCAUUAGCUUUUACAUUAUAUCCAAAGAUAUGACAGACCUUCGGGAGCGCGUGCAGUAUGUACAGAGACAUGCCAAGAGUACCGGGAAGUGA